CUACCCCUGAACACCUCUACCCCUAAACCCCUCUAUGCCUCUUCCCCUGAACACCUCUACCCCUCUGCCCCUGAACCUCUGAACCCUUCUACUCCUGAAACCCUCUGCCCCUCUACCAUUCUAGCCAUCUACCCCUCUACCCCGAACCCCUCUGAAUACCUCUACCCCUCUGCCCGUCUGCCCGAGUCCCUCUGCCCCUCUGCCCCUUUUCCUCCCCUGAGCCCCUCUGCGCCUGAAACCCUCUACUCCUGA